AUGGUUUUGUUGGUUUAUGUUGAUGAUAUUGUCAUUGCUUCUAAUCAUUCUCCAUCUGUUAUUGCUCUUAAGCACUUUCUCAAUUUGUAUUUCAAAUUAAAAGAUCUUGGUCCUUUCAAAUAUUUUUUGGGCCUGGAAGUUGCACAAUCCACUAAGGGCAUAUCUCUUUUUCAGAGAAAGUAUGCACUUGACAUUGUUUCUAAUUCUGGUUUAUUAGCUACCAAGCCUGCUGGCAGUCCAAUGGAUCAAAAUCUAAGACUUUCUAAAACUGAUUCUGGAGGUCCUUUACUUGAUAAUCCAGCUUCUUAUAGACGAUUAAUUGGUCGUCUUCUUUAUUUAACUCUUACUAGACCUGACUUGUCUUUUUCUGUUGCAACAUUGAGUCAAUUCAUGGACAAGCCUUGUCAGUCACAUUAUGAUGCAGCAGUUCAAGUUGUGAGAUAUAUCAAGGCUACUGCAGGACAAAGUUUAUUCUUCCCCAGCAACUCUUCCUUACAGCUGAAAGGUUUUUGUGACUCUAAUUGGGCUACCUGUCUAGAUUCCAAACGCUCAGUUAAUGGCUUUUGUAUUUUUCUUGGAGAUUCUUUAAUCUCCUAG